AUGCAGGCGCUGCAGCACCCGGAGCCAAGCAGGGACUCCUCCAAUGGCAGCUGGGCUAACGCCAGUGAGAGCUACCUCCUGAAGGAAAAUUACACCUUCUUGGCAUACUACCAGCACUCCUCACCUGUGGCUGUGAUGUUUAUCCUAGCCUACACCUUCAUCUUCCUCAUGUGCAUGAUUGGCAACAUCCUGGUGUGCUUCAUAGUGGUGAAGAACCGUCAGAUGCGGACGGUCACCAACAUGUUCAUUCUCAACCUUGCCAUCAGUGACCUGCUGGUGGGCAUCUUCUGCAUGCCUACAACCCUGGUGGACAACCUCAUCACAGGGUGGCCCUUUGAUAAUGCCAUGUGCAAAAUGAGCGGCCUGGUACAGGGCAUGUCUGUCUCUGCCUCUGUUUUCACGCUGGUGGCCAUCGCGGUGGAGAGGUUUCGCUGCAUCGUCCACCCCUUCCGGCAGAAGCUGACGCUGAGGAAAGCCCUGGUGACCAUUGCCAUCAUCUGGGUGCUGGCCCUGCUCAUCAUGUGCCCCUCCGCCAUCACCCUAACUGUCACCAGGGAGGAGCACCACUUCAUGGUGGACACCUACAACAACUCCUACCCACUGUACUCCUGCUGGGAGGCCUGGCCCGAGACAGAGAUGAGGAAGAUCUACACCACCAUCCUUUUCUCCCACAUCUACGUGGCACCCCUUGCCCUCAUUGUUGUCAUGUAUGCUCGCAUCGCCUUCAAGCUCUUCAAGUCAGCGGCACCUGCCCGCAGCACCCGGCCUGAGGAGCCCGAGGGGAGGAAGGUGUCCCGUAGGAAGGCCAAGGUCAUCAACAUGCUCAUCAUCAUGGCCCUCUUCUUCACUCUCUCCUGGUUGCCCCUCUGGACACUGAUGCUGCUGACAGACUAUGGUAACCUCAGCGAGCGCCAGCUGCACCUGGUCACCGGCUAUAUCUUUCCCUUUGCUCACUGGCUGGCCUUCUUCAACAGCAGCGCCAACCCUAUCAUCUAUGGAUACUUCAAUGAGAACUUCCGACGAGGCUUCCAGGAGGCCUUUAGGGCCCCUUUCUGCUUGCCACCACGCCGGCGGCACCGUGGGCCCUAUGGUGCCCGCAACCGUGUCUUCACCCAGCCCCAGGCCAGCGACUCUCCCCCCCACUCGGAAUCGAGGCCGCUGGCAUCCCGACGGGCUGGCAUCCCUGCAUGGAAUGGCUGA